AUGGCGAGCCCCCUUCAGACGGCGCUGGACGCAGUUGCGCCAACUGUGGAUGCCGCUUUCGCUGCGUACGAGAAGGACAAGGAGGUAGUCAAGACAUGGGACAAGAUUGUGGAGACCUUGUCGGAGCACAGUUCCUUGCUCUGGCCUCAGCAAAUCUUGCCUCGAUUCGUAGGCGUCGAGCCCAAUAACCGCGGUGGGAUUGGAGUCUGCUUCCAGAGCGCCUUGAACAGCGCCGCCAAGCACUGUGGCGCUGGCUGCAGCCUGGCUCGCGCCAACCAAGGGGCGUUCGCCGUCCAGGCGAAGCCUGGCACCGCGCGCACCGAGGAGCUGCUGGCCUUCAACAAUCGCAUUGCUGCGACGCAGGGGAUGCCUGAGUUUGAGAGUAUCUUCGCAGUCUCGUUCGGAAGUAGCCACAACACUUGCUUCCUCCGCGGGGCAAGCGCAAGGACGGAGUGCGCCAACCAGAAGCUUGCCCCCACUGGGAGGCUUGACCCUUCCGACCUUGGAGGCAAGCAUCCCAGCCUCAGGAAGGCGCUUGAGCAAGGCCUGACCUGGACGAUCGUUGCCGAGGAAGUCGUGGAGCGAUGGCCUUCCUUAGUGCCGCUGGGGCAAAAGGCGCUGAAUUGGCCAGGGGAGCAAGAUCAGUCCGAGUUGGAGGGCCUGCUGACGAUGCACAGCAACUACGCCCUCGCCACCGGCGCGAAGAAGUCCGAGCAGGAGGCGUGGAGUUACGCUGAGAGCGAGGCCCCGAAGACCGCCACCGCGAACUUCGGUUACAUCGGAGGCGCGUUCUACGAGAAGCCCGCGAGCCUCAAGUGGCCUGGGGUACUGCAGCUCCACCGUGUGCGCGGUGCGGCGUUCCUCUCGAAUGCGCUCAGCCCCUUGGAGAAGGUGGUCGGCUACAAGUGCUCCUUGGAGAAGGCGUCCGACCUCAACAAACUCGUUGCCAAGGGGUCCCAAGCUGCUGUGCUCCAAGCUGAAGGCAUGAUGGAUUUGGCGAGGGAUAUGCUGGCUGAGCAUAAUGUCCCAAGAGCCAAAUGCAUGGAGAUGCUUGCGCUGCACGACACUGCCCUCGCCAACCGCGUCCUGAGGAAGGGCAAGCAGAGCAGGCAAGGCAAGGAGCACGAGUCGCUGGAGCACGCAGGUCAACCAUUUGUUGACCAACUGUCCGCCUACGUCGGCACGCCAUUGGACAACCCUUGGCUUCCCAACGAGAGGAUCCUCGGGAAGAGGCCGCGUCAGGUGGUUGCUACCAGGAGCAGCGACGACCUAGCAGAGCAGCAGGAGGAGGAGCCACAGUCCGCGGCCGCCAGCUUGACGACGCAGUCCAUGGCGCAGCUGAAGGACGCUGCGUUCCAGAUGCAGAGGCCCGGCUUUACCGAGGGCUGCAUCGUGAAGAGGAGGGGCAGCGGCGCCAGCAAGGACAGCAAGGACCAGUGUACCUACUACACGCUUGAGCAGCUCACCGCAGACGGCGCCACGCUGAUGCCGACGGGCGUCUUUGAGAAUGGCCAACCCUUGCAGCUGGACCUUGAGAAACUCAAAGCCGACUGGGCGGCCGCCACUGCCAAGAUCCAGUACGAGAUCGAUUCCAGCUUGCACUCGCCUGAGGCAUCCAGGGAGUGGAUUGCCAGCCACACCAAGGGCUCCAUCCUAGUGUGCCUGGCGCGCCUGUCGAUACAGAACUCGUCAUACGAUAAGAUCAAGAUCUAUGCCAACCCCUUCUCGGUCAGGACUACAGAGGCAGUGAAAAAGGGCGACCUUGUCUUCGUGCCGACGACGACGAAGAUCGAGGAUCGUGAUGGAGAUACGCCUUGCACUAAGGGGCUCGAUCUCGGCAAGAUGGUGGAGAGGCCCCCCAUCGCGUUCAGCCUGCUAUCCCACAUCGUCCUCCCAGGUCCCAAGUCGACUGCAAAGGCAAUCGUUCCGCCCUUCUGGGCCGUCGCCGAGCCUGUGGAGGGCCAGAAGGCAAACAUGAUCAUUGAGAAUGUAGGCGUGUGCGAGACCACUCAGCUAUCAGUAGAAGGCCUGCUGCAUUCUCACGGCUUCAAUUUUUACUUGCCUGUCAUGACAAACACUGUCGAUCUAAAGGCCAAUGCAGAGCUCCUUUGUUGCCCGUGGCAGCCUAAGAAGAGGCCACGGCAAUGGUUGAUCUUAGGACGGCGGAGGAUGAGUACCAGGAUGGAGUCGAGGAGAUGCCAGUAG